AUGACAAACCAUAAAGUUCUCGUUAGUGACCCUUUAGGCAAUGCUGGCCUAGCAAUUCUGAAUUCUAUAGACACAAUCGACGUCUUAGUUGAAACAGACUUAGAUACAGCUGCUCUAAAGCAACAACUCAAUCAAGUAGAUGCCGUCAUUAUCCGUAGCGGUACUAAAAUUACAGCAGAUCUAUUAACAGAAAACACCAGACUUAAAGCUAUUGGUCGUGCCGGUAUUGGCGUUGAUAAUGUCGACUUAGAAGCGGCAACAGCACAUGGUAUUAUUGUAAUGAAUACACCACACGGUAAUGCUAUCACAACGGCUGAACAUACCAUAGCACUUAUGAUGGCUGCUGCCAGACGUAUACCCCAAGCCUACAACAAACUUAAAAAUGGUCACUGGGAUCGUAAAAGCUUUAUCGGUACAGAAUUAUCAGGAAAAACACUAGGUAUAGCAGGACUUGGUAAUAUAGGUUCUCUUGUUGUUGAACGUGCCCUUGGCCUCAAAAUGAACAUUCUCGGCUUUGAUCCAUUUAUUUCAGAAGAACGUGCGAAACAGCUAGGCAUUGAAUUAGCUGAACUUGAUGACGUUAUAACCCGUGCAGACAUUUUAACGCUUCAUGUACCGUCCAAUGAAAAAACACAUCACCUAAUCAAUCAAAAGCGGCUUAAAGCAAUGAAGCCAUCUGCAAUUCUAAUAAAUUGUGCACGUGGUGGUAUCGUUGACGAAAACGCCCUUGACCAAGCACUAAAAGAUGGUGAAAUUGCUGCUGCUGCACUAGAUGUUUUUGCACAAGAACCACCAGCAAAAGAUCAUCCACUUUUAAUAAAUGAAAAGGUCAUUUAUACACCACAUCUUGGUGCUAGUACAGUAGAAGCACAAACAAAAGUUGCUGUCGAUGUCGCACAACAAAUUGUUGAUUUUUUAAUUAAGGGUGAAAUUUGUAAUGGCGUAAAUGCACCUAGCAUUAGCGGUAAGCUUCUGUCUAGCCUUGGACCUUAUUUAGAACUAGGAAGUAAAUUAGGUUCAUUAGCAGCUCAACUUCAUGACGAUACAGUCGAACAAAUCUGUGUUCGAUUUGGUGGAGAAAAUACCAUACAAGACACAUCUCCAAUCGUUUCAAAAGCGAUUACAGCAAUAUUAGCAUUUGGUAUUGAAGACCCAGUCAAUGAUAUUAACUCACGCAAUAUUGCAAAAGCUCGCGGUAUUAACAUAGAAACAACUAAAAGUUCACAAACGAGUGAUUAUAGAUCUAGUAUACAAAUAACCAUUAAAGGCAAAAAUACCGAAACCUGUGCAACAGGAGCUAUCAUCGGCAACAAUGAACCUCGUGUUGUCCGUGUUAAUAAUUUUCGCUUAGAACCAUUGAUUGCACAGGGUCCAUUAAUUUUUGCAACCAACCGCGACCAACCCGGUGUUAUCGGACGUAUUGGUACCAUUUUAGGCGAUUCUGAUGUUAAUAUUGCGCAAAUGAACGUAGGCCGCACAAAUAAAGAAAAACUAGCACUCACAGUUAUUGCCCUAGAUGCUAUGAUCAACGAAAAAAUACUUGAUGACUUUAAAAAGCUAAAUGAAAUUAUUGAAGUACGACAAGUUCUGCUAUAA